AUGGCCUUGGUCCAAAACCUAGCAUCACAGGUGCCCAACAUCAAGUUUCGACAUCUAUGCAGAAAAGACCUCAGGCAUGCUGGUGCCUUAGCAUACAUAUUAUCUAUGCUAAAGGAUGAAAGUGUCAAAGAAAUCAAAGUAACAAGGGUAUACGAACCUUCGAUCACUCCACAUCAAAUCUUCGCUACCAAUCAUGAAGACGAUGUAGGAGAGGAUAUUGCUAACGAUGACAUAGGGGAAGAUAUCGCCGAGGAUUUUAUCGAAGAUGGAAUUUUAACAACAGCAAACGAGGACGAAGAUUUCAGCAACAAGGAGGACUGGAGAACCGGAGUUUAUCUUUUUCUUAAAGAAGGAACGCUGCCCGAGGAUUUGAAGCAAGCCCGAAAAGUACAAUCAAAAGCAGGGAGAUACGACCUUCUUGACGGAAUUUUAUACACGAAAUAUUUCCUCGGACCACUAUUGCGUUGCUUAUCAAGGGGGGAAGGACAUCGCGUGUUAAAGGACAUUCAUUAUGGAGACGCAGGUAACCACAACGGGAUGAGAUCAUUGGCGGACAAAGCAAAAAUGCAGGGAUAUUAA